CGCUCUUUCUCUCCCAAGCGCCCCGCCAACAUUCUGGUUGUUGAAGAUUAUUUUGUACCUCCAACGAGGCAAACACCACGAGGCUCAUCAGCACAACGAACGAAACGCUCGUUGUUACCUGAAUCGCCCAGCCCAGACUUACGUCUUCCCUUCAACAUUUCCCGAAGGCAACAACUUCACUUCGAUUUGAAUGACUGCGAGGAGCAUUCGUGUAACGAACCCGCGCCGAGCAGAUCGCCUCUUGCAAUUCUACCAAGCCUUUCUCAUCAGCCAAUUCUAAUUCCGCCAUCAUGAAUGUGUUAAAGCUUCAGAGAAAAUUUCCCCAGUUCCAGCAGGGCGACAUAUUCGCGCUGACCGACGCCUUCCGGAAGCUCGACGUCGACGACAAGGGUUAUAUCGAGGAGGCCACGGCCAUCAAAGCGACGCAGCAGAGCGAACGCCAGCCAUACGAUGUCGUCAGACAGGCGUUGAAGGAAGUCGAGCUUGAUUCUUCGCGACGAGUCGAGCUUGAGGAUUAUGUUGGGCUCGUUGCCAAACUUCGCGACUCGUCUCCCGCGCAAAAGCGCAUGAAUACUGGCGGCGCUGCGCCGUCAUCUCCAGCUGGUAUUGUGUCGCAAAGAACAGGAGGCGGGCAUGUCUCCAAAGGGAGUAUUGGCAAGAUCCAUGUUCAAGGAUCCAAUGCCAAUAUCACCCACACAAUCAAUGAAGAUGAGCGGACCGAGUUCACACGACACAUCAAUGCCGUUCUGGCCGGCGACCCGGAUAUUGGCGCCCGGUUGCCAUUCCCCACUGACACGUUCGAGAUGUUCGACGAGUGUAAAGAUGGUCUCGUCCUUGCCAAGCUCAUCAACGACAGUGUUCCGGACACCAUCGAUGAGCGUGUCAUGAACGUUCCAGGGAGGAAGAUCAAGAAGCUAAACGCCUUCCAUAUGACGGAGAACAACAACAUCGUUAUCGAGUCCGCCAAGGGUAUUGGAUGCUCCGUGGUGAACAUUGGCAGCGGUGAUAUUAUCGAGGUGAGAGAACACUUGAUUCUCGGUCUGAUUUGGCAAAUUAUCCGGAGAGGUCUCUUGGGCAAGAUCGAUAUUAAGCUACACCCGGAGUUGUACCGACUUCUGGAAGAGGAUGAGACGCUUGAGCAGUUCUUGCGCCUGCCUCCGGAGCAGAUCCUGCUGCGGUGGUUCAACUACCAUCUCAAAGCCGCCAACUGGCCACGCCGAGUUAACAACUUCUCCACCGACGUGAAAGACGGAGAGAACUACGCGGUGCUGCUGGCCCAAAUCGGUCACGAGUAUGGCUGCAGUCGAGCCCCCUUGCAGACCCGUGACUUACUGCAAAGAGCAGAACUAGUGUUGCAGGAUGCUGAAAAGCUCGAAUGCCGCAAGUUCUUAACCCCUACUUCCCUCGUUGCUGGAAACCCCAAGCUCAACCUUGCUUUCGUCGCCAACUUGUUCAAUACUCAUCCAUGCCUGGAUCCCAUCACUGAGGAAGAGAAACUGGAGGUUGAGGAUUUCGACGCCGAGGGAGAGAGGGAAGCCCGAGUCUUCACCUUGUGGCUCAAUAGUCUCGAUGUCCAACCCGCCGUCCAGUCAUUCUUCGACGAUCUGUGUGAUGGUACCAUUCUGCUGCAGGCCUACGACAAAGUCAUCAAGGGCUCUGUUAACUGGCGACACGUUAACAAGCGCCCGGCUCAUGGGGGCGAGGUGAUGCGAUUCAAGGCAGUCGAGAACACGAACUACGUUAUCGAACUGGGAAAACAGAAUGGCUUUUCGCUCGUAGGCAUUCAGGGCGCCGACAUCACGGAUGGGCAGAAGACUCUUACGCUGGGUCUCGUAUGGCAGCUCAUGAGGAAGGACAUCACCUUGACUCUAGCGGCACUUGCACAACGCCUGGGAAAGCGGGAGAUCACGGAUUCCGAGAUGGUGCGGUGGGCGAACGGCAUGGUGAAGAAGGGUGGCCGUACGUCUACCAUUCGAUCGUUCAAAGAUCCUGGCAUUGCAACAGGUGUCUUUUUCCUGGAUGUGCUUAACGGCAUGAAGAGCAGCUAUGUCGACUACGAUCUGGUUGCAACUGGCCAGACCGAGGAGGAGGCGUACAUGAACGCCAAGUUGAGUAUCAGUAUUGCCAGAAAGAUGGGUGCGACUAUCUGGCUGGUGCCCGAAGACAUUUGCCAAGUACGCAGCAGACUGGUGACCACUUUCAUUGGCUCCUUGAUGGCAACCCAUGAGAAGAUGCAGUAGACUGUUGUUGAUGGAUUCCCUUGUCGUUUUGGAGAUGGCGGCCCAGAAUAACUGGAAAAGUCUUCGGUUUCUCGUGUACGCAGUUCUGAAUUUGUACCGUCUUCAAAUUAUUGUUGGGCUGCCCACGGCUCUUAGAUGCAGCCUGCAAUUGAUUCAUUGUUAUUGACAACCAACUUGGUACACUAACUAGAGUGCCGUGUAACUCUGGCAAUUUGAUGCACACCUCGCGCCAGUACUUGAGUCGGGUUGACUAUAAAUAUAUGCCAAGCCGCAGCAGCGAAGUAGCGUGCCCCCACUAACGUAAGUUCAUGUGAUUGCCCCAACCAGGAGCUCCC